AGGGGAGGGGUUCCCCUGAGGCGGAGGCGGAGGCGGAGGCGGAGGCAGUUUAGGGCUGAAGCCUCUGACAAGUGGACCGACACCACGUGACACUCCCCUGCCCCACUCCCCAUCAGCCGGGAGAUGCUGGCGCCUGCUAACAGCUGUCCGGGAGACGCCCUGAUCCGAUCGCUGGCUGGGCCAGGAAUGAGGCGCCUCCCGCUGGAACUCCCUAGUGUGAGCCGGCAGUUCAAAGCCCCCUCCACCCGGGAAGGUGGAUGGAAGCCAAGACAGAGCUGGGUGCUGCCCGAAGCCACUGGGCUGACAGAAGAGGCUCCCUAGGAUCCUCCACUACCCAAGGGGGACGUUGGGUGGCAGCAGAGUCCUACAGGGGAUCCCUGAGCAUGGAUGCAGGUGCCAGGGAGCUGGUUCCCGUGUUCUCAGCCUGGGAUGGUGGGGCUGGCAACUGGACGGAGAUGGGCAUGAGGCGCCUCAUUCUGAGCCGGAGCAAGGACGAGGGGCUCGUCUUCAGCGUCGUCAUCCUCGCUCUGACCGAGGCCGUGGGUCUGGCGGGCCUGGCCGGGAACGGCAUCAUCCUGUGGCUCCUAAGCAGCCGCAUCUAUCGGAACCACUUCUCCAUCUACCUCCUGGAUCUGGCCAGCGCCGACUUCCUUUUCUUGUGCUGCCACAUGGUGAUCGUCAUUCCCGAGACUCUCCAGCACGACUUCAGCUUCCCCCAUUAUGUCUAUGACAGCCUCCUGGCCCUGCGGUUCUUCUUCUACACCGUGGGCCUGAGCCUCCUGGGGGCCCUCAGCGCAGAGCAGUGUGCCGCCACCCUCUGGCCCACGUGCUACCGCCGCCGCCGGCCCCCCCACACGUCUGCCAUUGUGUGCGCCCUGCUCUGGGCCCUCUGUCUCCUCUUGCACUUCCUGUCUUACGGUACCUGCGGAGAGCUGUCUGGGGGCAACACGGGGACCGUGUGCAGCCAGAUCGGCCUGGCCCGGGUGGGCUUGCUCUGCCUCCUCUUGUCCACGAUGUGUGUGUCCAGUCUGAUCUUGCUCAUCCGGGGGGAGUGCGGUUCCCAGCGCCGCGGGCCCCAGAAAUUCUACCUGAUGAUUCUGUUCCCUGUCCUCACCUUCCUCUUCUGUGGCCUUCCCUUUGGCAUCUACAGGCUGUCCCUAAACUGGCUGGACAUCCCCGCCUACUACUACUGCCUCAGUGUCCUCAUGGCCUGUGUGAACAGCUCAGCUAAGCCAGCCAUCUACUUCUGCGUAGGCAGCCUCCGGCAGCGCAGCUUCAGGGAGCCCCUCAAGGCCGUUCUGCUGAGGGCCCUGGGGGAUGAGGAAGAGCUGGGGGAGGGGGGAGAAAUGCUGGACACAGGCCCUGUGGAGAUGUGA